AUGACCCCAGGUCCUGCCAUUUCCUUGGCAACCAGUCCUGAGACCACAUACAUCCCCGUCCCAACGCAGCUGCCCACACCCAGCGACACCAGGUCCACUGUAGAUAAGACCCGCGCCAGCCUGGUCCCAUGCAAGCUGGUGCCUGAAAUGUCUGAAUCCAACAUAGACUCCACGGGUUUGGUCCUUAGGACUCGGGAUGUGAAGGUGUUCCAUGCUGAGCCCAACUGUAUCCUGCGAAGGUCCAAUUUACCUAGCAGACCGCUCAUGCUGUGGAUUUAUUUCUUAUUUGAUUGUUUCCUUUCUUUUCUAGGUAAAGGAGAGCAGGCCUACCCAGACCUACUGGCAUUGCUAAUAGCAUUGUUGGUGACGUUGAUCGUGGCUUUGGGAGUGAAGAACUCUGUGGGCUUCAACAAUGUACUGAACAUCAUCAAUCUCAUUGUGUGGGUGUUCAUGAUGAUUGCUGGACUGUUUUUUGUCAACGGAGAGAACUGGGAUGAGGGGAGAUUUCUUCCAUUUGGGUGGUCAGGGGUAAUGCAGGGUGCAGCCACGUGCUUCUAUGCCUUCAUUGGAUUUGAUAUCAUUGCCACAACAGGAGAGGAGGCCAAGAGCCCCAACACUGCAAUUCCUUAUGCCAUUACUGCUUCACUCAUCACCUGCCUCACUGCCUAUGUCUCCGUCUCUGUAAUACUAACACUGAUGGUUCAGUACACUGAAAUUGAUGUCGAUGCCCCACUGAUGGAAAUGUUUGCCGUGCAUGGCUGCAUGUUUGCAAAAUAUAUUGUUGCUGUCGGAUCUAUAGCUGGACUCACUGUGUCCCUGCUGGGGUCCCUGUUCCCCAUGCCCAGGGUCAUCUACGCCAUGGCAGGGGACGGCUUGCUCUUUAAGUUCCUGGCCCAUGUGUCCUCGUACACAGAGACUCCUGCUGUCGCCUGUGUGGUGUCAGGCUUUAUGGCUGCCCUCCUGUCCCUUUUGGUCAGCCUCAGAGACCUCAUAGAAAUGAUGUCUAUUGGAACUUUGCUGGCUUAUACUCUAGUGAGCCUCUGUGUACUACUUCUACGUUACCAACCUGAAGGUGAUAUCCAUGGCUUUGUAAACUUUCUUUCUGAGGAGCAGAAUAAGAAGAAAAAGGAAGGCAUUUUGGCUGAGUGUGAGAAAGACGCCUGCUCACCAACCAGUGAGGCUGAUGAUUAUGGUCUGCCCACGAACACCUGUGGAGCUAAAAACCUGCCAUCACUUGGUGACAACGAGAUGCUGAUCGGCAAACCAGAUAAAAACACAUACACUACCAGCCACCCUAACUAUGGCACAGUGGAUAUGACUACUGGAAUUGAAGCAGAGGAGUCAGAAGGAGGGAUGUCUCGGCGGCUGAAGAAACUAAUUGGACCACGAUACUAUACACUGAGGAUUCGACUCGGCCUUCCUGGAAAAAUGGAUCGGCCAACUCAAGCCACAGGGAAAACUGUCACCGUGUGUGUUUUGCUGCUCUUCAUCUUCUUUUUUGCUUUCUGCUCUUUCAUCAUUUUUGAAGUGAGCUACAUUGAGGAGGGUAGUUGGUGGGCUUUGCUGCUAUUAAUCUUCUUCAUCAUUGUCAUUGCCCUACUGAUAGUUAUCAUCCUUCAGCAGCCAGAAAAUCCCAAACGGCUGCCCUACAUGGCACCCUGUGUGCCAUUUGUACCUGCUUCAGCUAUGCUGGUCAAUAUCUACCUCAUGCUCAAACUGUCUGCUAUCACCUGGAUACGAUUUUCAGUCUGGUGCCUUGUUGGUGUUCUCAUCUAUUUUGGCUAUGGCAUGUGGAACAGCACGCUGGAGAUCACAGCCAGAGAAAAUGAGGUGCAUGCCUCCACCUACCAGCGCUACGAUCAAGGUGUGGAUGAAGGAUUCUGCAGGUUUGAUGAUGACUUUUACCCACCUACCACUGAUACUUGGGGUGCGCCAGAGGUGGGGUCAGAACGUGCCUCCCCUCCUAAGGCCACAACUGAAAGUGAUGGGAUUUCAUUGAAAGAUGGAGGCAAAACCAUUACUGAUAGUGGCCUUGAAGAGAAAGACCCGAUGGACUUCUGAAGGGAGCGACAGUGUUAUCUUGAAUAUUCUGCCUUGUCUGCUUCUGGAAAAGUAAGUGUGUGUGUGUGUGUGCGUGUGUGCGUGCGUGCGUGCGUGCGUGCGUGCGUGCGUGCG